UUUGAUCAGCUUUAGAACUACUAAGGCCCGGUUCCACAAAUUCGAGUUUAAACUGAGUUUAAAUAAACGGUCGUUAAGUUUAACACCACAGUUAAACUAGUAUUGCGUUCUACAAUGUGUUUUUAACUAAAAAAUAAAACUAAUCGAAUUAGUAGAGCAAGAAAAAAAUAUCAUUGAAAAUAAAAAGACUGAUAACGUAAGUGUAAAAGACAAAGAGAAAUGUUGGAUAAACAUCACAAAGAAAUUUAACAGUGGUUGUAUCUCAGGACAUCGAGAUAUGGGUUGUCUAAAAAAUUGUUGGGACAACUUGAAAAAAAAACUCGUAAACAUUAUGCUGAAAUUCGUAGUGAACUUUUCAAAACAGGUGGUGGAAAAAUGAAUAUCAUCGGAGAUGACCCUAUUGCUGAAAUGGUCAAAAAUAUUAUUCAGCCAUCGGUUGAAGGUUUACAAAAUAGAUUUGACAGCGAUUAUAUGCCAGACACAGAUGAUCUACAGUACAGCAAAGAAUUGGAAAAUGAAGACUGUUAUCAAGUUGAAAUGCUAGAAGAAGAAAAUUUAAAUGCAGUAACUUGGGCUGAAUGUUCAUCAGCUAAGCUGAGUUCUGAAAAAAGCAAAGAAUUGCAAUUUUCAAACAACAAUGAAAAUAACGAUGGAACUGACAACUCAUUGUCAUUUGAAGAUAUCGAAACAUUCUGUACACAAUCUUCUAGUAAGAAAAACUGUGCUCCUCCAACAAAUAAUUCAUCACAACCAAAUUUGAAACGUAAGAAAUCAAAACAGCUUGAAGUAACUUCUUCCAAACAAAAUGAACAGUUUUAUGAUCUUGCACAAUCUAAAUUAGAAUUAGUGGAAUUAAUGAAAGAAAAUUUUCGUAAAAUAUCGCCAAUACAAAUAUCAAUUUACCAAAAACAAUUAGAAAAAGAAAAACUUUAUGUUGAAAUACUUAAAAAACAAUUGAAAUUUUAUGAAAAAUAAAUUUGUUUCUUUUUUCCUUAUGUCUACAGUUUCAAUUUGAAUCAUAUUGAGCAUGUUCUUAUGUUAAAAGUUUUUAUAUUUAUUGAAAUUAUUAUUUUAUUUUAUACUGAAUACCAAAGAAACUGUAAAUUUUUAUUUUAAAGUUUAUUUCAAAGAAACUAUAAAUUUUUAUUUUCAAGUACCAAAGAAGAUUCUUUAUUAAUUUUUAUUGAUAGGUAUCAGUAAGCAAAAUAUAUAAUGAAAUAAUUUAUUUUCUGUUAAUUAGAUAUGGUAGUUAUAUAGAUUCUAUUAAUUCUAAUUUAGAUCUUAUUUAGAUCAUUUAACAUACGUUAAAAAAUUUUGAUAUUUAUAAUAUGCAUUCAUUAAAAUAGUCUUGUUACUUUACUUUAGAUUAAGUAUCUAUACUAAGUAUUUUGUACCAAAUUAUCUUACAUUACAUACCAAAACAAAACUAAAUUGUUAAAUUUUGAAGUAUUAAAAGAAACUAAUAUACACAAUAUGUAGAAAUAAGUAUUUAUUUUGUUAUUAUACAUACAUAUUGUUAUAUAUACAUAAAUAAAAGUUUUAUAUUUGAUAAAA